AACCGGUGCGAUGCUUUCAGUAACGGGGAAAACGAUCAUCUUUGAUAGUUUUCCGGAUCCUUCCGACACAUGGGAGAUAAUUGAAACCAUCGGGAAAGGAACUUAUGGCAAAGUUUUCAAAGUGUUGAACAAGAAAAAUGGCCAAAAAGCAGCAGUCAAAAUCCUGGAUCCAGUUCAUGAUAUCGAUGAAGAAAUUGAAGCUGAGUAUAACAUCUUGAAAGGCCUUUCUGACCAUCCUAAUGUAGUCAAGUUCUAUGGGAUGUACUUCAAGAAGGACAAGAAGAACGGUGACCAGCUGUGGUUGGUUCUUGAGCUAUGUAGUGGAGGAUCAGUGACUGAUCUUGUGAAGGGACUUUUGAAAAGAGGUGAAAGCAUGAAAGAAGUUCUCAUUGCCUAUAUUUUACGAGAGGCUCUUCUGGGGCUUCAACAUUUGCACAACAACAAGACGAUUCAUCGAGAUGUGAAAGGAAACAACAUCCUCCUGACCACUGAUGGUGGAGUUAAGCUAGUAGAUUUUGGUGUGUCCGCCCAGCUCACCAGCACGCGACUUCAUCGGAAUACGUCUGUGGGGACGCCAUUUUGGAUGGCCCCAGAGGUGAUUGCUUGUGAACAACAGCUGGACACCAACUAUGAUGCCAGGUGCGAUGCUUGGUCUCUUGGAAUCACAGCUAUAGAGCUCGGAGAUGGAGAUCCACCCCUUGCUGAUGUGCAUCCUAUGAGAGCCCUCUUCAAAAUACCGAGAAGCCCUCCUCCAACUCUCCAACAACCAGACCUGUGGUCCGCUGAAUUCAAUGACUUUAUUAACAAGUGCUUGACUAAGGACUUUGAGAAGCGUCCCACAGUGUCUGAUCUCUUGCAGCAUGAAUUUAUUAGUCAAGUCGAGGGCAGAGAAACUUUAUUACAGAAACAACUCAUGGAGUUCAUUGAUGUUCAUCAACAGACGGGAGUCUCAGAGAAGUCCAGACAUGAGCGUAUUCACACAAAGAAAAUUAAUGUCACCAAGUUCCCUGUUACAAACCUGAAGGAGGUAGAUGACUUAGCCACCAUGGAAGUUAUGGAUGAGAAUUUAGUGGCGGAACAGCUGCAGAAAUGCUACGCUCGAGAUCAGAUCUACAUCUAUGUUGGAGAUAUCCUUAUUGCUAUCAACCCCUUUCAGAAUUUGGACCUGUACUCCUCCCAGCAUACUAAACAAUACAUUGGGGCGAAGAGGACUGACAAUCCUCCACACAUCUUUGCCAUUGCUGAUUUGGGAUAUGAAUCCAUGGUCACUUACAGUUCAGAUCAGUGCAUUGUCAUUUCUGGAGAAAGUGGUUCCGGGAAGACCGAAAGUGCCCAUCUCCUUGUCCAACAGUUGACUGUCCUGGGAAAGGCUAAUAACCGAACCCUGCAAGAGAAGAUUUUGCAAGUGAACAAGCUAGUGGAAGCUUUCGGUAAUGCCAGCACCAUUAUAAAUGAUAAUUCCAGCCGAUUUGGAAAAUAUUUGGAAAUGAAAUUCACCUCUGCUGGGGUCGUAAUAGGAGCCCAGAUUUCAGAGUACCUCCUUGAAAAAUCAAGAGUGGUCCACCAAGCAAUCGGAGAGAAAAAUUUUCAUAUUUUUUAUUACAUCUACGCUGGUUUGGCGGAAAAGAAAAAACUGGCCCAUUAUAAGUUGCCAGAAAGCAAGCCUCCCAGAUACCUACAAAAUGAGCAUCUCAGAAUGGUGCAGGACUUAAUGAAUAGCAGUUUCUACCGGUCCCAGUUUGAGUUGAUUGAGCAGUGCUUCAAAGUAAUAGGUUUCACAAUGGAUGAACUUGGGAGCGUAUACAGUAUUCUUGCCUCAAUUUUGAACAUUGGGAAUAUUGAAUUUUCUUCAGUGGCAACAGAGCACCAGAUUGACAAGAGCAACGUUUCCAAUCCAACAGCUCUUGGGAAUUCGGCUUCUCUGCUCUACAUUCAGGCGGAAGAACUGCAUGAAGCUCUUACCUCUCACUGUGUGGUGACUCGAGGGGAAACCAUCAUUCGUCCCAAUACUGUGGAAAAAGCCACCGAUGUCAGAGACGCUAUGGCCAAAGCCUUGUAUGGUCGACUCUUCAGCUGGAUAGUCAAUCGCAUCAACAGUUUGCUGAAGCAUGAUGACACUCUACGUAGACUUGACGAUGAGCUGAACAUCGGCAUUCUGGAUAUCUUUGGCUUUGAAAAUUUCAAAAGAAAUUCCUUUGAGCAACUAUGCAUCAAUAUUGCAAAUGAACAAAUCCAGUUCUACUUCAAUCAGCACGUGUUUGCAUGGGAGCAGAAUGAAUACUUAAAUGAAGAUGUUGAUGCUAGAGUUAUUGAAUAUGAAGACAACCGGCCUCUCUUAGAUAUGUUUCUACAGAAACCAAUGGGCUUGCUGUCUCUGCUUGAUGAGGAGAGUCAAUUCCCCAGAGCUACUGAUCAGACCCUCAUAGAAAAAUUUGAAGACAAUUUGAAAUCGACGUACUUCUGGAGACCCAAAAGAAUGGACCUUACUUUUGGAAUUCACCAUUAUGCAGGCAAGGUUCUUUAUAAUGCAAGCGGGUUCUUGGCUAAAAAUAGGGACACCCUCCCAGCUGACAUUGUGCUGCUUCUGCGGUCUUCAGAAAACAGCCUAAUUCGACAUCUUGUGAGCCACCCACUAACCAAAACAGGCAAUCUGGCCCAUUCUAAAACUAAAAGUGCAAUAAAUUAUCAAAUUAGGACCCCACACAGAUCAAUCCACCCAUCCAAGGGUGAAACAGGAGAUUCAACAUAUUUACCAAGAGAGACUACAAACAUGAAAACCCAGACAGUCGCAUCUUAUUUUAGGUACUCACUGAUGGACUUGCUCUCGAAGAUGGUAGUUGGCCAACCUCACUUUGUACGUUGCAUAAAACCCAACAGUGAGCGCCGGGCCAAGAAAUUUGACAGAGAUAAAGUGCUGGUUCAGCUGCGUUACACGGGGAUUCUGGAAACGGCUCGGAUCCGGAGAUGUGGCUAUUCCCAUCGCAUACUGUUUGCCAGCUUCAUCGAGCGGUACUAUAUCCUCUGCUAUCGAUCCAAUGAGAAACCUCCUGUGAGCUCUGAAACCUGUGCCAACAUCUUGGAAAAAGUUGGUCUCGACAACUGGGCUCUUGGAAAGACCAAAGUGUUCCUUAAAUACUAUCAUGUGGAGCAGUUGAAUUUAAUGAGAAAGGAAAAGGUUGACAAGAUUGUAUUGAUACAGGCCUAUGUCAGAGGAUUCCUGGGUUCAAAGAGGUAUCAAAAACUUCAAAAGAAGAGGGAGGAAAGUGCCCGAAUAAUAGAGUCAGGAGAUGUCGACCAGCAAGAAAGCGUACAUAAAGCCAAUAACGUAGCAACCCACUCCUCUCUCAGAGUGCUGUCAUCAUCAACCAACCUGCCUCACUGCCAGAGGUGUCAAACCCAAAAGAGUUUGGAAAAGAAAAGACACUGUGUUUUGGAGAAGGAAAAUACUGACAACGUAAUCUCUGGUAGUGAAAUUGUCGGACACUGUCCACACUGUAAAGAAAACACCCCCGUAUCCUCUUGUAAAACUGCAGUAGGGGUCACCAUCAUCAUUCAGACAAACUCUGGAGGACCCCAAACUCAGGAAGAAGUCAGCAAUCCUGAUGAAACAGAUGCCACCCAAGAGUUACGGGGGGCAGAUGUCCCCACAUCAGAAAUGAGCCCAGAAUGCAGAGAGGGGAAGAGACCAGAAGCUAUCACUGAACCUGAGAGGAAAGACCAGGUUGCCAUGAUGAUCCAGAAGAAGUAUCGGGGCCACAUGGACAAGAAGAAGUUUGAGGAAGAAAAGAAAAUGUCCUCAGUCAGUAACAGAGCAUCUGAAGAGCCAGAUCUCCUAAGACACCAAAUACAGAAGGGAAACACUAACAAAUCCUCACCUUUAAUGGUGCCAGAGACCUGUAGCAACCACCAAAAACAGAUCCUGUCCCAGAUCGGGUCUAAAGAUCGCCAUGAUCAAAGCCUCCUGAAGCAUGAAGAAACUAGUCUUCAAGGGAACCAGACAAAAACCAUAAAGGACCCUGUGAAAAGGGAGUUUGAGCAAAGGACUCAAGGCUUGGAAGAGGAAGACAAAGCAGCAGUGGUCAUUCAGAGCAGAUAUCGAGGCUUUCGAAGUAGGCAGCAGUUAAGGAAUUGUGACCAGUCUCUUUGUCUCCACCACCAGGAAGCCUGUGUGCUAGGGAGGCUAGCAGUGGAACACACUCAGAACGUUGAUUCCCACUCAACAAGAAGUAAUGGAAGCCCAACUCUAAGAGCGACGAAGGUUGGGGCUCCAAAAGCCAUCUUAGAGAAAGAGAUCUGUGGUGUGACUGCCUUUUCAAAGCAGGUACCACAUUUAUCUGGAGACUAUAUUGCAGUACAGCAAAAACGGAAUGAAAUGACUUGGUUGCAUCAAUUGAAGCCUGUGGACCUGAGUGUCUGCGCCAUAGAGAAGCCAAACAAUAAGCAAGUGUCUCCUUCUGCAUGCCCUUCAGGUGUCUCUAGAGAAGAGGAACCAAGAACGCUGAGAGUUCCAAGGAGAGCACAGAAACCCAAAGUUUUAAACAACCCCGAGGACUCCACCUAUUACAUUCUGCUGCAUAAGGCAAUCCGGCAAGAAAAACGAAGACCAAGGAAAGAAAGUCCAGGAAAAGUGCUAGAUUUAGAAGACUUUUACUACCACGAAAUUUCAUCUAGUCAUGUUGGACUGAAAGAAAGUAACUCUAAGUCAAGAGAUACAAUGUUGCAAUCUGAGCUCCAGAAUUCAAGUCCCAUACCUGGCGAAAGGUGUUGGGCCGAGGACGGCCCCGGGGAAGGAGGACGAGGAGAAGGAGAGGGAGACAACCCCUACGACUUCCGCAGGUUGCUGCGGAAAACCUCUCAGCGCCGCCGCCUGCUCCAGCAGCUUUAGCCGCCGACAGUGGGGAGCCCCGGGCCGCUCCUCCCGCUCAGCGCUCCCGCCCCCUCUCUCCCGUUUCUAGCCCCCAUCCUUCACUCUCGCUCAGCGCUCCCGCCCCUCACCCCUCCCGC